GGGAUGUAAUAGCACCUUCGUUUAGAAAAAGAAAGAUGUCCUUUGUGUAAUAUAACAUUCUAAACAUGUGUUUUGUGUAAUAUGACGGGGUUUUGACCAAUUCUAAACAUUUGUUUGGUGUAAUAUAACGGGGUUUUGACCAACUCUAGAACAUGUGGUUUGCUGCUUCAUGGAAUAUAAAAUCACCUUUGUUUAAACAAAGAAGGGUCUUCGUAAAGAUGUGUUGCUUUCUGGAAAGUGGACAAUAGGUUUGUCUGCUCAUCUCCUCUCUUGGCUUUGGGUCCCCUGUUUCUGCAGCAGCUGUAUCAGCUCUAUUCUUGUUCUCUCAUGUCUUAGAGAUUGCCCUUCUCAUUCAAAUUGUGAGAUUGGUCUGCUCUACCUUUGCAGAAAUAACAUUGCUUGAAGAGUCUAAUUAGGGCCAGGCCUAGGACCAAAAAAAUAGAGACAAGAUGAGACAUGGAAUUUCACAUAAAGAUUGACAGGAAAUUGGUGCUUCACUUCAAACAACACUGCAUGAAAAUAAUAAUAGGCCAGAAUGUACUUGGGCAUGACAGAGUGGGCAAUCGUGAAUAUCUCUUAUUACUGUUUUUACUAUUAUGGGGCAGAACUGGGAGUAGACAUAGAUGGAAGGUGGUGGGAAUGCUUUAUAUACUUAUUUGCACUAAUAGCAGUAUGGAUGGAAGUAUUUGGGGAGGAUCAUAGAACAGUGAUGCGAACUAUGGGUAUUUUGGUGUUUUGGUGGCGACAUAAUCAAGGGAUUGCUACUCUGCUUCUAAUUAUUGUUUGCUGGUUCUAUUCCCAGAUCCUUUCAGAGUUCGUGUUUUUCCACUAUCAGCGCCUGCAGCCCCAAGACCACGAGAAGAAUUAUACUGUUACUGAUCUCAAUGAAGAAACAGAGGAAUCACUUGAAAGAAAAGAGAGGCAAUUCUUGAAGUCCCAUCAAGAAAAGGAAACAGAUAUUAAUUUUAUGGUUUUAGAUUUGCUAUAUCUGGUUAUGUGUCUUGUCUUUCUAAAGUCAUUAGAGAUCAGGAAGGUACAAAAUUACUUGCUUAUUUUGAAAACAAUCAGGCGUCAUAUGUUCAUGAUUUUAUAUAUGGACAUACUGAUUGCAUCUCUCAAAUUUGUGGAAGCGGUAAUCAUCGGGGAAUGUUCUGCUGAUACUAGAAUAAAGGCACCGCCUUUUGAUUACUCCAACUUGCAGAAUUCUAGCAUUGGUAUUGGGGAAACUUCAUUUCUUGAGAACAUUUUGCCUUUUUCUGAUGUGCUUGAAUGUCAUGAAGAGAAGCAAUUCCAGCAAGGGCAGAUACCUGUAGAGUCAUCAAUUGAAAGGCGUGCAAUCCUUGCCCAGGCUACUAAAUGUGCAAGACCAGACAUCAAAAAUUGGCAAAAGGGUGAUCUUUUAGGGCGCGGAUCAUAUGGACUUGUUUAUGAAGGAUUCGCUUCCCAAGGGUUCUUUUUCGCUGCAAAGGAAGUUAGGUUUUUAAGUGAAGGUUCACUUACAAAGAUUGAGCACGAGAUUAGAUUACUAAGUGAAUUGAAUCAUGAGCAUAUAGUUCAAUAUUAUGGCUCAGAAAAGGUUGAUUCAACUCUGUAUGUGUUUCUUGAGCUUGUAAGCAAAGGUUCUCUCGAGAAUCUUUAUAAGAAAUUCUCACUUGAAGAUUCUCAAGUCUCUCGUUACACAAGACACAUUUUGCAAGGUUUAAAGUAUCUUCACGACAAAAACAUUAUUCACAGAGAUAUUAAAUGUGCAAAUAUAUUGGUUGAUGUAAGUGGACAUGUGAAACUUGCAGACUUUGGAUUGGCGAAAGUAAUUGAAUCGAGUGGUCUUAUUAGGUCUAGCUGGGGGACACCAUGGUGGAUGGCUCCUGAAGUUGUUAAUUCAAGGAAAGGAUAUGGAGUUCAAGCUGAUAUAUGGAGCCUGGGAUGCACUGUGUUAGAGAUGUUGACUCGUCAGCGUCCAUAUCCUACUCUGGAAUUCCAGCAAGCAUUGUUUAAAAUUGGAAAAGGUGAGUUACCCUCAAUUCCUGAUUCUCUCACCUCUAAUUCUAGAGAUUUUAUUCUACAAUGUUUGCAAGUUAAUCCAAAUGAUCGUCCCACAACUGCUCAAUUGUUAGCCCAUCCUUUUGUAAAGGAGGUGGAAGGCCAUCUAUGAUCCUUAACACUUCAAUUUUAAGGGUGUCUAUCAUUUUUCUAACUUAAUAUGUCUUGUGCUAAUUUUUUCUAUUCGAAUGUCUUUACAAUGCAUUCAAAUUAUGUGGGACAUUUUUAUGAUUGGUUUUAUUGUUCUAAGUUGAGAUGAUUUUCCUUAA